CCUCCGCCUCACCUCCGCGACAACCCAAGCCUGCGACCAAAAUUCAGAGCUAAUAGUCAGUCUAUUGAUCAACUGCAACACCAUUGCUCACAAUCUCAAGAAUCUCCCAAUCAUCAAACCACCAAAAAAAAAGGCAAUUCUUAGCUGAAUAUCCACAAUCGGGACACAUACAAAGACUAUCGCAAAACCACCACAUUGGUAACAAAAUGCCUUCAAUACCACUCUAUCCUCCUUCACACAAUCAAUUAGAUUCGUGCGCGUCAAAUCCUUCUUCUGCUUCCUCUUCUGUUUCUGUUUCUGCGCCAGUCGCAGCACCCGCACCCAUACCCAACCCGCUUCCACCGCUCCUGCAUACCCCGUCUGGUCUGGCCGUUAUUGAAAUGCAGGGAACCAUCAACAUGCCCAGCGCCGAACUGGUGCACGACCUCGAUGACGACGACGAUGACGACGACGAUGAACGCAGAGACGGAGAAGAAAUGGAAGUGGAAAUGGACGACGAGAGUCUCGCAAAAGGAGGACAGGCAGCCAAGCAUAACAAACGGCCGAAAAGCAAAGCAGCAUAUGAAGCCGAGACGGCAAUCGGACGCCUCGUGUUUCCGUAUUAUUCGCCCACGGAGCCUACUGACAAUAAGUGGAUGAAACGCGUUCAUCUGUACGUGGGCAGACAUCAGCGCAUGACGGGCGAGGUGAAGAAGUUGGUUAAUCCCUUGGCUGUCAUUCGGCGGCGGCAGCAACAAGGACCGGUUGGUUCUGGGAAGGGGACGGCGAAUGAAGUUUCGGAGAAGGGGGCGGAUGUGGAUAUGGAUGUGGAUGUGGAUGCGGAUACUACGAGAGACGGCACGGCAGGGGAAAAUCGAAAUGGGUCAACGGCAAAAGGUGAUGACGAAGAAGAAGAGCUCGAGAUUGUGGAUAUUGUGCGGUACAAGAUCCUCUUUUCGCAGCGGCCGGAACCGGUCAGUGGGUGAUCAUGUUCAAAUUUUGAGCAUCUUUUCAUUUGGACAAGCGAUCAGAGGGCUUGCAACCGGAUGGACACUCCAAUUGAGACGCAAAAGAAGAUCUUGCAGGAAAACAGGGAAAUGAUACAAGAUCAUACAUUGUUAUGACUUGUCCAUUUUCAAGACCAUCUACUGGACCAGUAGAGACAAGUCGAUCCCCACGAGC